UAUAGAUUGAGGAUGCUGCAAAGGCUGUUGUUGCUGUGAUAUAGGUUGUUGAUUCCACAUCUUGAUCCGGUGGUAUUGAAAGAACAGUUGGUUUUUUUUUGAAAAGCUUCACUAUCCUCCUCAACUCUUUCCUUUUGAAAGUCAGCUUGAACUUUUUUUUUAUUUUGCUUUGUUACAUAUUUAUUUCUUGACAAACUCUGUUCAGCACUGAUCAAAUGGGAAAGAAACAGUUAGCUAAAAACCAAUUUCAGGAAGAAAUUGAUAUACAACCAGGUCAACAAUUUGCUCGAUCGUUAGGACCCAGAGGCAAUCAUCAGCAUGAGGUGGAAUUUGUGGAUGGAUCAAAAAAAUUAGUGACACUGCCGCCAAAGUUUCGAAGCUCCAUUUGGUUGAAGCGUGGCCAUUAUGUCAUUGUAGAUCCUACAGUAGGCGUAUCAGAGAAAGUAGGAGGCGAGAUUGUACAUGUACUGUUUCCUCAUCAUAUCAAAGAAUUAAAGAACAAAAACAAAUGGCCAAAGGAAUUCACUGAUAACACAUCGCUAAGGGCCGGAGCGUCCGAAACAACCACAGAAGACAGCAAAUACAGCAGUAAUAGUGACGAUGAUGAUGAUUUAUUUAAUAAAGCUUUAAAAUACCUUUCGUAAGGAAUUGAAUGACUGUACUCUAUUUGUUAUGAGUCCUUGGUAGAGGUGCCAUUAUUCACAAAGACAAACAAUGCUGGAAUGGUUACC